AUGGACAGAUCAGGCAGCAACCGGUGGAGCUGUCCCAGCUCAGACUCCGAGUUCUACAGCGUUUCCUCGCCAGAGACGGUCUCGUCGGACCCAUCCGUGGACCGGAGCUUCUCCCCAACCGACCGGGUCGCAUGCUCCCAAUCUGACAACCCGCCUGCGGUCCUCCAAGGUGCGAUCAAGAGGAAACGCCGACCAAGGCUGAAGAACCCAAGCGAGCAACGGCAGAACGCCAGCGAGAAAGAGAAGUUGAGGAUGAGGGAUCUGACCAAAGCUCUUCAUCAUCUCAGGACCUACCUGCCUCCGUCGGUGGCUCCCGUGGGCCAGACGCUGACCAAGAUUGAGACGCUGCGACUCACCAUCCGCUACAUCUCCUUUCUGUCCGCUCAGUUGGGUCUCAGCGAAGAAGAGCUGACCCACAGGAAACAAAGCCCAUGUUCUCCGGAGAUUUUGGGAUACUUUCAGUGCAGCUCCAGGGCUGGACAAUGGAGCGAGAGGGGGCAGGGUCACUGUGAUGGACAGAAUCAGGGAGGUGACGGCUCCACAGGACAAUGUGUUGAGACGAAUGUGGAGCAGUACAACGCAGAGCAAAACUUCUCAGCAAAUAUAGAAAGCUUCCUUCAAUCACAACAAAGUGUUCAAACCACACAGUCCUAUCAGGUGUACGGCAGAAACUUUGGUUAUCAGCUUGUUCCUCAGGCUUACUGGAGCUGA